AUGAAAGUUUUGUCUAUUAGGUAUCGAUUUUGUGCUUCUGUUGAUCCUGUGACAUAUGACUUGUUCGACAUCAAAAGUGCUCGUAGCUUGGAGGCAAUGCUGCAGACUCAUCUUGCUAGUGGAUCACCCUAUAUUAAGUUAUAUAUACAAUUUUCAUCGCCAAAUGAUGCAUUUGCGACUUCAACAUCUAUUGCUGUUCGAGAGGAAUACACGACCCUUGCUCGAAACUCUGUUAGUGAGUUGCAAAACACGGAAGCGCCCGUGUUUAGUAGCAAUAUAUCCACCUCGAGAGCCAGCCCUGAUGGUGCAGAAGUUACAUUAUUUUCUGAACCGGAGCCUAUUCUAACCAAACCUGAAGAUGUUGAAGAAGGUUCAGAUGAAGAAAAAGAUCCACGAUUCAAGGCAUACUCGUCUCCAACCCACAUGGAUAAUGUCGAUCUAUCUGCAGAUGAUGUAUUAGAGUUUCCAGAUCUACCACAUAGAACAUGUAAUCAUACAAGUUCGUUAUUAGAUUCGGGUGAAUUGGAAGUUGGUAAUGAGUUUUCUAAUAAUGAUAGUUUUCUUGGUGUAUUGAAACAACAUAGCAUCAUGAACGGGGUUAACUACCACGUAGUUAAAUCUAAAUCUGAUAAGUUUGAAGCAAAGUGUGCAGUGCAAGACGAUACAUGUUCAUGGAAAAUCUACGCCUCGUUGAAGAAAAGGAUAGGGUUGUGGAAGAUAAAAACGUACAAAGGUCCAUAUACAUGUGUUGGAGGUACAAUAUUUAGGGUUUUUGAAUAA